AUGAAUAUCAAAUUACUACUGCAUUUUGCGAUUAUUUACCUUUCAAUUAAAUUCACGAGUGGUCGUCAAUGGAAAACUCGCAUCGAAGCACUUGAUCGUACUUCAGAUAAAAAUUACGAGAUUUAUUCCACGUGGGAUGAUUAUAAACACGCUUACAACAAAAGCUUUUCCAUGGAUUAUCGCGAGCAGCGUCGACAAAAGGCUUUCGAGAAGAACUUGAAUGAAAUCAACAAACACAAUGCGGCUUUUGAGCAAGGGCAAUCGACAUUUAAAAUGCGCACGACGAGCAUGUGUGACUUGGAACCGCAGGAAUAUCGUUCGCGUUACAUAAAAUUGGAAAAAAGUGAAAUAACUUUUACGGACAGUCCUGAUGUUGUGCGAUCGUUUCACGGUGUUGCCGACUCGGAUUUGCCCACAGCUGUCGAUUGGCGCGAAGAAGGUUUUAUUACGCCGCCCGAGAAUCAAAAGUCGUGUGGAGCAUGUUAUGCCUUUUCCAUUGCGGGAUCCGUCGAAGGACAAGUUUAUGCACGAAUUAAUCGCAUUAUCAAGCUGAGUGUGCAACAAAUGGUCGAUUGUUCGACGUCGCAUGGGAAUCAUGGAUGCAGCGGCGGCUCGUUACGCAACACAUUGCGUUACCUGGAAGAGCGUGGCGGCUUGAUGCGAGAGAAGGAUUAUCCGUAUGUGGCAGCACAAAAUAAAUGCAAAUUCAUCGAGCAACUUUCCAUCGUAAAUGUUACGACAUGGGCCAUUUUACCUCCAAAGCAGGAAGAAUUGCUCCAAAUUGCCGUUGCCACAAUAGGACCGAUUCCAAUUUCGAUAAAUGCUGCUCCGAGAUCUUUUCAGCUCUACAGUUCCGGCAUCUACGACGAUCCCGAUUGCAAAAGUAACGCUGUUAAUCAUGCCAUGUUGCUCAUAGGGUACACGCCGAAAUAUUGGAUCAUCAAAAAUUGGUGGGGUAAAAAUUGGGGCGAAAAUGGCUACAUGAAGAUUGUACGAGGCAAAAAUAUGUGUGGAAUUGCGAAUUUUCCAGCGUACGCCGUUGUUUAA